UAUAAAUAAACUACUCUUAUUUUAAGCCCAAAUAUAAUAGAACUAUUACUACAUUACUGAUCAACAAAGGCAAAAUGCAGUAAAUUCAAAUAUAAUCCUGUUUCAUAUAUUAUACUUUGUCCUGUUAUAGACAUGGUUGUCUAAAAUAAGAUUCAGAGAGUUUGAUAUAAAAUUGAAGUCAAUCCAUGACUUUAUAAAUGGCUUUAAUUCUUAUUAAUGUAUAUUCUUUUUCCUUUAUUUAAGGCCUAUAACAUUACUGAAACACCAUGGGUAUAAGUGAUAUUAUGAGGCUGGAUGUGACCUCAGUUUGGCCUGUGCUCUCAGUGGUGGUGGUCGUCGCAGCUGGUGUCUUUUAUCUCUACAGUCUGAUACUCAGGCAUUUAGCCAAGACAACUGUGAGGAACAAAGUGGUGCUGAUUACGGAUUCACUCUCAACACUCGGAAAUGAAUGUGCAAAACUCUUCCAUACUGGUGGAGCCAGACUGAUCCUUUGUGGAAAUAACUGGGGAAAGUUGGAGACUUUUGCUGAGCAUCUGAUGAGUGAAUCAGAUCCAACACUUACGUUUCCACCCAAACUGGUGGAGCUGGACUUCAGUAACAUGGAGAGCGUUCCUGAGAUCGUCUCUGAGAUCUUGGAGUGUUACGGCUGUCUGGAUGUCCUCGUCUUCAACACCAGCAUGAAGGUGAAGGCUCCUGUACACAGUCUGUCCCUCCAGAUGGACAGGAUUGUCAUGGACGUCAACUACUUUGGGCCGGUCACACUGGUUAAGGGUGUUCUUCAGUCGCUGAUCUCCAGAAGAACGGGUCACAUUCUUCUAGUCAACAGCAUUCAGGGGAAACUGACGGUGCCCUUCCGCGCCUCCUAUGCGGCGUCCAAGCAUGCCGUUCAGGCUUUCUUUGAGUGUCUGCGGGCUGAGGUUCAGGAAUAUGGGAUAACCGUCAGCACCGUCAACCACACCUUCAUAAAAACUCCAGACACAAACUCAAAGGACGAGGACGCAGCAAAACCCAUGUGGACACACCUCAAAGCGAAGUCCUUUGGUGUGAACGCUGGAGAAAUGGCCACUGAGAUCCUGAAGACUCUGAGUAGCAAGAAGAAGGAGAUUUUAAUGUCCCGCUCCUUCAUCCCUAAAGCUGCUCUCUAUGCCAGAUCUCUCUUCCCAAACCUGUUCUUCUCCAUCAUGGCAGCAGGAGUCAGAAACACUGCAGCUGUGGAGAUGUCUGAGGACUGAAGGACAACACUGAGUAAAAGUGGAGAAUGUGUCACUGUGCUGUAGUGCUACAGUUAGAAGACAAUUGAAUAAAUAAAUCAGCAAGA